AUGUCCUCGGCCACGUCUCUGCGCCCGGCAGCGCGGCGGGUAACCCAGUGCCUGCGCCUCGACACGAGAAGACGACGCAGCUUUGCCUCGACCGUCCCCAGGGACGCCGACUUUACCCACAUUGUCAUCGGCGCCGGCGUCGUCGGCCUCGCCACAGCCCGCCACCUGACGGCCACGCACCCGUCGAGCACGACGCUGCUCGUCGAGCGCCACGCGCACCCGGGCACCGAGACGUCGUCGCGCAACAGCGAGGUCGUCCACGCGGGGCUCUACUACGGCCGCGGCACGCUCAAGACGGCCCUCUGCACGCGCGGCCGCCGCCUGCUGUACGCCUUUUGCGCCGCCCACCGUGUCGCCCACCGCCGCACCGGGCAAGUGGCUCGUCGCGCAGAAACGACGCCCAGCGCGCCGCCCUCGAGCGCCUCUACGCGUCCGUCGACGCCGACGCCCAUGACGCCCCGCCCCUGCACUGGUCGCCGACGCCGAGGCCCGGCGUCUCGAGCCCGCCGUGCGCGCGCGCGCCGGCGGUCCUGGCAUCGCGGAGACGGCAUCGUCGACGUCCACGGCCUCAUGGUCCCGCUGCGGGGCCUGUUCGAGGACGAGGGCGGCACCGUCGCCGUGCAGUCGCGCGUCGAGGCCGUCGAGCCGCUGCAGCGCGCCGGCGCCGGCGGCUGGGCCGUGACCGUCGUCGACGCGGCGACGGGCGAGUCGAGCACCGUCACGGCCGACGUUGUCGUCAACGCGGCGGGCCUCGGCGCCGUCGACGUCCACAACAUGAUCGUGCCGGCCGAGCGACAGAUGGCCAUGUUCUACGCCAAGGGCAACUAUUUCGCCUACUCUGGCAGUAGUGGCAGCAGCCUCAACGUGAACCGCCUCAUCUACCCGGCCCCCGAGCCCGGCGUCGGCGGUCUCGGCACGCACCUGACGCUCGACCUCGGCGGGCGCAUCCGCUUCGGGCCCGACGUCGAGUGGGUCGACGACCCGAGCGACGUGGCGCCCAACCCGGCGCGGCUCGACGAGGCCGUCCAGGCCAUCCGCGAGUACCUGCCGGGCCUCGACGCCGACGCGCUGGCCCCCGACUAUGCUGGCAUUCGGCCGAAGCUGCUGCCCACGGGCGCCUUCCACGACUUCGUCGUCCGCAAGGAGGACGGCUUCGAGGGGCUCGUGAGCCUGCUGGGUAUCGAGAGCCCCGGAUUGACGAGCUGUCUGGCCAUUGCUGAGCGGGUGGAGGCGUUGCUUUACAAGUAG